GACCAGAGUGACCAAAACACAGCUAGACCAGCUUGCUACACCAGCUAAAACCAAGCUAAGAGACCAGCUAAAACCAGCUUAUGCUGGUCUUUGCUGGAUUUUCCAGUAGGGAACAUAGCGGUGUAGAAGGAGUGCUUCAUUUUUUCUAUUUUCUUAACGUAGCGUGGUGUUUUAGCUAUGAAAAAUAAUUUCAAAUGGUUAAGCUUAUUGAAAUGUUUCUUUUUGUAAGAAAGGCAUUUAACACAAAGUCAAAGAUGGUGAAGUGAGACGUUUAAUCAGAGAAAUAAGAAAUUAAAAUACUGUGAAUAGAUCGGUGAACUUACCGAUUUCAUGAUUGCUAACACUUUUAUACAUAUAAUAAAUACAUAAAGUUUAUAGCAUGAACAUGAAGUCCUCAAAAUUAACUUGAUUCUCGCUGUUUUGUUUGGUAAAUUAAAUCAUUUUUUCCUACCGUCCCCUAUUUUAGUUUGAUGUGUUAUGAGUGUGUUACAAUGUUUUUUAUAUAAUGCAAAGGACAGAAAGAAUAAAAAAACACCAGGAGAGAAAUAACUACAUUUGAAUGUUAUUUGACAUAAUAAUUAUUUUUAUGCCCUUUUAGUCUGUCAGCCCCUGAGGAGGUCUGGGCAUGCUAUUUGAAUGUUUCAAAAACACUUUUUAAUGCAAAUCAAAGGGUACACCAAGACAUUAAAUUUGCGUAUAAAACCAUCAAAACUGUUGCGCUGCUACUCCAGGAACAGAGUUGGAAAAUGUGCAUUUGAAAAUACAAUUUAUUUCCUGACCUCAGCUUUUUUGUCAUACUGGAAAAUUUCUGCUUGUGUACUUACUGUGUUACUGGCCAUCGUGUGGUGCAUUUGGACAUUCAGGACCAGGAUUUUAAAUUUACAUCGGAUUGACCGGACAGCAAAGUCCAGAAACUCACAUAACCAGCCACACAAGAUGUCCCUGAACUACAGACCCAUCAUUGGUAUAUUAGCCCAGGAAAACUGGGAGGGUGACCCUCACGCGCAGGGAUCUUCUUAUAUCCAAGCAACAUAUGUGAAACAUCUGGAGUCAGCUGGGGCCAGAGUUGUGCCAAUCCACUUAAAUCAAACAAAGGAGGAAUAUGUAAAACUCUUCAACUCGAUAAACGGUUUGUUUCUGCCUGGUGGGAACGUAGACAUGGAGAAGUCCCAGUGUGCAAGAACUGCAAAGAUUUUCUAUGACCUUGCAAUAAAAGCGAAUGAUGCUUCAGAUUAUUUUCCGAUCUGGGGAACCUGUCAGGGUUUGCAGCAGCUCACAAUCCUGACCAGCAACAAGAACCUGCUGACAGUGACCGACACCAAAGCCGUCGCUUUACCUCUGAUCUUCACUCCAGGAUCACACAACAGCAGGAUGUUCAAAAGGUUUCCAAAAGAUCUCAUUCAGUCUUUAGCAGAAGAAAACAUCACAUCUAAUUUCCAUAUUUUGAGUUUGUCACUACAGAAUUACAACAGCAAUGCCAAACUGAAGCAUUUCUAUAGAGUCUUAACCACCAACACAGACGGCAAGACGGAGUUCGUUUCUACAAUGGAGGCGUAUUGCUAUCCAUUCUACGGUGUACAGUGGCAUCCAGAGAAAAGUCCAUUUGAGUGGAUUGAGAAAGCCGGUUUGAUUCACACGCCCUCGGCCAUCAAAGCCGCUUUCUACACCGCACACUUCUUCGUCUCUGAAGCAAUGAAAAACCAUCAUUGCUUUCCUUCGCAAAUUGAAGAAGAGAAAGCUCUUAUUUACAACUAUCAGCCGGUCUUUAGCGGCCUUAACAGCGUCUUCAUGCAGAAUUACUACUUUGAAUGAUAAGCGUCAAUACCCACAGUAUUCAUCAUGACCCCAAAGUCAGUGGUUUUUAUUAUGUUUUAAAAAAUAUAUAUUAAGAGAUGUGACCACACACUGGGUUUUUAAAGAUUAAUAAUUACACUCCUAUUUAUUCACGUCAUGUCCUGAUGUUAAAAAUCUGAAUGAUUUAUAUGUGACAACAAUUGUCUUGACUAAAUGAAUCUGGUAGUAUACACCUGUAGUAUAUAUAUAUAUAUAAACAGUACAUUCAAUAAACACCAAUUUACAGUCAUGUUCUGUUGCUUUGUACAAUUUAGGAAAAAUAUGUUAAAUUGUGCUGUGGUUUUACUGAAAUUAAAGUAGCAGCUUAUUUUCAUUAUUUAAAAUAGUCCAGACUGCUAUACUUCAAAUGAUCUAUAGGGGACAGCAAAGCUUUAUGGUGCGUUUAAGAAGACCAGUUUAGUUCUUUCCUUUACCAGAAGUUUUUGUAUUAUCAACUAAACUUUUUUGGACAGGUGGAAUUUGUAAAAUAAAUGUACUUUUCAAAUAUGCCUAAUAAAAUAUAUUAUGUGUUUAAAUGGA